UUGUAGCAUAUGCAUAUCGUGUCGUAUAAAUCUUGAUGUUUUUUACUUUGUGAGCGAAAAUGUUUUUGGAAUAUAAGACGAAGUAGAUAAAAAAUUGUAAACAGGAUGAAUUUGGGUGGUUCUAUUCGUAUAAACAAGUUUGGAUUUCUUCUGAUUGCAAUUGUUCUAGUUGUGUUAGUUUAUUUUUCAUCGUCUGGUAAAUCUCGAAAUAAUUAUGCUUUAAGUAAAAAUCCCGAUGAAGUCAAUCUACGGAAACUUUUGAUCGGAUCUAUUCAAGCGGCACAGCGAGGAGGGUUAGAAAUAGUCGAAGUAUCAAAAAAUGUAAAUUAUAAGGUACAUAGUAAAGGCAAAACAAAAGAAGGCGCAAACGAUCCGGUGACAGACGCAGACUUUCGUUCUCAUUGUGUUAUGGCCGAUGGUUUACAUAGGAUCUUUCCAAAGUUGAAAGUUGUUUCCGAAGAAGAUGAAACAAAACAAGAAUGUCCAGAUACGAAAUUAUUUGACCUGGAUCCAACGGUGAUACACGAAAAUUCGAAUGUGCCCGAUGAUAUAGUAGAUAUUAACGAUGUUACCGUUUGGAUAGAUCCAUUAGAUGCCACGCAGGAAUACACAGAAAAUUUAUACCACUUCGUCACGACAAUGGUUUGCGUAGCAAUAAAGGGCAUUCCAACAAUUGGAGUAAUUCACAAUCCUUUCACAAAGAAAACUGUUUGGGGUUGGUCGGGCAAGGCAAUAUCUGAACCUUUAGAUCUAAUCAAAAAGGAAGACGAUGUAAAACAUCCUAUUGUUAUAGUCUCUCGUUCUCAUAGCGGCGAUGUAAAAAACAUUGCAAAAGAAGUGUUUGGAGAAAAUUCGAACGUGAUCUCCGCUGGCGGUGCAGGAUACAAAGUUUUGCAGGUGCUUCAUAAUAAUGCAACAGCGUAUCUGCAUUCGACUGCAAUAAAAAAAUGGGACAUUUGUGCGGGUAAUGCGAUCCUUGAUGCUGUAGGUGGUAAAAUGACAAACCUAAAAAAUGAGGAUAUAUCAUAUAGCUAUAAAGAUUCAUAUGUGAAUGAAAAUGGACUGAUUGCAACGGCUACGAAUAGUAUACAUGAACUAUAUAUUAAAAAAGUUAUUGAACGAAAACUGUUACCAUAAAUCUUGAAACACCGGUAUGCAAUUAUGUAUUAGUUUUAAAACACUUUCCGUAUGUACAAAUUUUCCGAAAACCAUUAUUUCCUGUACAUUGUAUUGCAAAUUCUAUAUGAACUAAAAUGUCAUUGUAAAGGAAAUGUUAUAAAGACAAUAUAACAAAAUU